AUGGAGGAACGCCUGGACACCUGGGAUGAACAUGGCCUGGAGAAGCGAGGCAUCCCCAUCCCGAGCCCAUAUCGGCGUCCGAUGUGCAGCUCAAGACCCGACUUCGGCUGGUCCUUCACCAAGUCCCGCCACGCCACGCCCGCCGACAUAGCACAUAUCCCGCAUCAUCGACGGCUUCGCCCACGUGGUGGCGUACCCUCAACAGCGCUAGCUUCGACAGCGUUCAACCUGCACACCGCGCACGGCUACCUGCUAGCGCAGUUCUUCCUAUCGGGCAACGACAGCCUCGCCCAACCAACCGCGGCGGUAGACCCUGGUUUUGUCGUCUCGGUCAAGCUCAACGGCAGCGAUUUCCAGGAUGAUGGGUUCAGGCUGCAGGAAGCGAGCGAGCUGAUGGCGUUGCUGCAGGGCGCAAGGGUGGAUAUCGUGGAGCGGAGUGGGGGGCAUGUAUGA